AUGAGCGACGUACAGCCAGUUCCUAUCCCGGGACCUAAGGGCGUCCCUUUCCUGGGAAAUAUCUACGAUAUCGAGCAGGAAGUGCCCAUGCGGAGUUUUGAGUUACUUGUCGAUCAAUAUGGCCCAAUCUUCCGUCUUAAUACAUUUGGCGUGCCAAAGGUCUUCGUCAGUAAUCAAGAGCUGGCCAACGAAGUCUGCAACGAGGAGCGGUUCUCUAAGAGCGUGGACGGUGGCUUGGAUCAGGUUCGGCAUCUCACCCACGAUGGCUUGUUCACGGCAAGAUACCCCGGUGAAGAGAAUUGGGCGCUUGCGCAUCGCAUUCUUAUUCCUGCUUUUGGGCCCCUGUCUAUCAGAGCCAUGUACGACGAAAUGUACGACAUUGCCACUCAGCUUGCCAUGAAAUGGGCCCGACAGGGACCCGAGACCCCCAUAAAUGUUACGGACGAUUUUACGCGCCUGACCCUCGAUUCGAUCGCGCUGUGUUCGAUGGGGACGAGGUUCAACUCGUUCUACCAUGAUACAAUGCACCCUUUCGUGGAAGCGAUGGUUGGCACGUUGCAGGUAGCCAGCUAUAGGUCACAGCGGCCGGCUCUGCUGAACCAACUUCCCACAAGCGAGAACAAUUCAUUCUGGAACGAUAUUGCCUAUCUAAGAAAAUUAGCAAAGGAAAUGGCCGAGGAUAGGAGGAAGAAUCCAUCGGACAAGAAAGACCUUCUCAAUGCUCUCGUCCUAGGCCGAGAUUCUCAGACAGGAAAGGGCCUCAGCGAGGAUUCAAUUAUUGACAACAUGAUUACUUUUCUGAUUGCCGGUCAUGAAACCACGUCCGGAAUGCUGUCUUUCGUCUUCUAUUUCCUGCUAAAAAACGCACACGCGUACAAAAAGGCGCAGGAAGAAGUGGAUCGGGUGAUUGGGCGACGGAAGAUCACUGUCGAUGAUCUCUCCAAGUUGCCAUAUAUCAAUGCGGUCAUGCGAGAAUCGUUGCGCCUCAGACCGACAGCUGGUAUCAUUAAACUCCACGCACACCCGAUCAAGAAUACUGAAGACCCGGUGACCUUGGCAAAUGGUAAAUAUGUGUUGAACAAGGGAGAGUCAGUCAGCAUUCUUCUCAGUAAAUUGCAUCGCGAUCCCAAAGUUUAUGGCUCGGAUGCCGAAGAGUUCAAACCGGAGCGAAUGCUUGACGAAAACUUCAACAAGCUACCCCCAAAUUCGUGGAAGCCAUUUGGAAAUGGUAUGCGAGGCUGCAUUGGGCGUCCAUUUGCUUGGCAAGAAGGCUUGCUUGCAAUCGCCCUGCUGCUGCAGAACUUCAAUUUUCAGUUGGAUGACCCAAGCUAUGACUUGCGGAUCAAACAGACACUUACCAUUAAGCCGUUGGAUUUCAAGAUGAGGGCAACUCCAAGGCACGGUCUGGACCCGAUAGCAUUGGAAGUAGCUCUGAAUAGCGGUGACGUGCCUCGCGAGACAACAGUACCCAGCAGAGAUCGCAAAAAAGGCGCAACUAUUCCUGCUGGAGGUCUGAAGCCGAUGCAUAUCUUCUUUGGUAGCAACACUGGAACCUGCGAGGCGUUUGCUAGAAGAAUGGCAGACGAUGCUGCCACAUGGGGGUUUGCUGCAGAGGUCAAGUCGCUGGACUCUGCCACCGAGAAUGUCCCGAAAGAGGAUCCGGUGGUGUUCAUUGCUGCCUCAUACGAAGGCCAGCCUGCUGAUAAUGCCGCCCACUUUUUUGAGUGGCUCAGUGCAGUGAAGAACAACGAGUUUGAGGGGGUCAAUUAUGCCGUGUUCGGUUGCGGUCAUCAUGACUGGAACGCCACCUUCUACCGAAUUCCCAAAGCCAUCAAUGAGCUAGUGAGCGAGCAUGGUGGCAAUCGCUUGUGUGACAUUGGACUGGUCGAUACCGCCAACUCAGACAUGUUCACUGACUUCGAUAACUGGAGUGAGACGGCAUUGUGGCCCAGCAUCGCUUCUAAAUUCGGAUCAGUCCAGGCCGACAAAAAGGCCAGCUCAGGCUUGCAGGUCGAGGUAAGCUCGGAAAGACGAGUGUCCAACCUAGGCCUUCAACUGCAGGAAGGAUAUGUGAUCGAGAACGAGCUCCUCACGGCACCCGACGUCCCAGCAAAACGGCUGGUGAGAUUCAAACUUCCCACCGACAUGACCUACCAGUGCGGCGAUUACCUUGCCGUGCUUCCGGUAAACCCAACAACUGUCGUCCGUCGUGCAAUGCGCCGGUUCAACUUGCCCUGGGACGCCGUUUUGACUGUUCGCAAGCCAUCUCAGACCCAAGCCGGACCAUGGACCAUCCCCCUUGACAACUCAAUGUCCGCGUUUGGUCUUCUGUCGUCAUAUGUCGAGCUCUCCCAGCCUGCAUCCAAGCGUGACCUCAUCGCCCUGGCGGAUGCAGCCGUCAUCGACGAAGAAGCCCAAGCCGAGCUGCGCUACACAGCCAACAGCCCUAGCCGCUUUGCUGCCGAGAUCGUGACGAAACGUCUCAGCCUCCUCGACAUCCUGGACCGCCAUGCUCCCGCCCAUGCGCGUACGCCAAUACUCCAUCUCAUCUUCCCCUUAACCGACCCAACCGAAUGCUCUAUCACAGUCUCGGUACUCAACGCCCCAUCCCUCUCCGGAACAGAGGAAGCAUACAUGGGCGUCGCCUCCACCUACCUCUCCGUCCUCCAACCCGGCGAACACACCCAUAUCGCCGUCCGCCCAUCCCACUCCGGCUUCAAACCCCCAACCGACCUCACCACACCAAUGAUCAUGGCCAGCGCAGGAAGCGGCCUUGGCCCAUUCCGCGGAUUCAUCAUGGAUCGUGCCGAGAAAAUCCUCGGCCGAAGCGAAUCCAUCGCCGAACAGCCCGCCAAAGCUAUCCUCUACGCCGGCUGCCGCACCAAAGGCAAGGAUGAUAUCCACGCUGCAGAACUCGAAGAAUGGUCCCGUCAGGGCAUCGUCGACGUCCGAUGGGCGUAUAGUCGUCCUUCCGACGGGUCUGCCCCUCAACACAUCCAGGAUCGUAUCGCAAGUGACUGUGAUGAAUUGGUCUCACUUUUUGAACAAGGCGCUAGGAUUUAUGUCUGUGGAAGCACGGACGUGGGGAAUGCUGUGGGUGGCGCUUUCAAAAACAUAUUCCUAAAUGCACGGAAGAAGCAUCGCGAGGAGGCCCUGGCAAAGGGCCAGAAAGAUGUUCCACCGGAGGGAAAUGAUGAGGAAGCGAGGAAGUUCUUUGAUGGGUUGAAGGCGAAUAUGCGUUAUGCUACGGAUGUGUUUACCUAG